AUGUCAGAAUAAACAAACCUAAACACAGUUUUCAGACUUGUAAGAGAAGUUGUAAAUUCAUAGUUUACCUCUCAGGAUGAAAAAUUAAAUUUGUUUAAUGAUUUAUAAUUAUUUUUGUUUUAUAUCUAGUAUAUAAUUAAUUUACAGUUUAAACUAUUUCAUCUUCCAAAAAACAUCAUGUUCUUUAUCAACUUUUUUGUUUAACCAAAUUAAAUUAAAAAANCUUUAUUAAUAUAAUAGAUUUAACAAUAUCAAAAAACAUUAUAAUUUAGUGUUACUUAUAAGGGUGUAAAUUGUUAAGUAACUGAAGGUGGAAAAGUUGUUGAGUGUCCUGGUGGUAGUUGCUAUUAUUGUCUUUGUGAAUAAGCAAUUCCAAAGACUGGGAAAAUAUUGUUUGCAUUCUAAAUUCUCAGUUUAACAUCUAGUAUGUUUAUUGGAAUUGGAUUUAGAGAUAUUAUAUCAAAAAAUAAUUAUUAAAAUGGAGGAGUUGGGUAUGGGUAUAGGUAUUAAAUUAUAAUAGAUCAUAUAUGAUACGUUCAGAUGGUUGUAUAUACUCACAUCAUAAUAAAGAUAUAUAUGGUAAAUAAUUAUCAUUUACAUAUACAACUAAUGAUAUAAUCAUAAUGGAAGUAAGUAUUGAACAUAAGUAUAUUAAAUGGACCAGAUAAAAUAAUCCAUUAGCAACAGUUGUAAUUAUCAAAUCUAUUAUUAGUAGAUGGAAAUAGAUACAUCCAUAUCAUAAGAAUUAUAUCCAUGUGUAUACAUUUAUUAAUCAUCAAAAAUUAAAAUAUUGGAUAAUAUUCCAAAUUGA